CUCCCAUAUCAGAGUCAAUAACCUAGGCUAUCUGUCACAAGAUUACCAUUUGUCUACAAAACCCAAGGAGUUCCAAGCACCAAACAAGCAGUAAACACCGUCUCCUUCCAAAAGCAUCGCGCGAUGAAGUUGUCUGUGCGUGUUCGAGGUGACUGGUUUGCGGUUCCCUGCAAAGGGACCGAGAAGGUCACGUGGCUUGGGGAGGAAUCAUUAAGGAGGUACUACAAGUCCAAGUCCAGAACCGGACAUGCCCAAGAGAAGGUUUACGAGGUUAGGAAGGCCAAAGGUGCCGCCAUAUUGGAUCCAGAUGACGCCAUUAAAGAUGUACUUGAUGAAAAUGACUUCGUCACUGUUGUGUUGGACAGUGACAUAUCCAGCCCUGUCACGGGACCCGCCGAGCCUGUGUACGUAGAAGAGAAAGUAGCAAAGACCAGUGUAGAGUCAGCAACAGAGUACAUUUCCUUGGAUGGUAAUAGUUUAUCUACGGAUGACCUACUUCGGCUAGGAAAGGGCCAUUACUUGAUAAAGUUGACAGUCGAAGCGGAACAGAAGGUCCUCAAAGCCAGAAAGCUUCUGGACGACAUUGUUAGCAGCCAUAAAGUUGUUUAUGGAAUUACAACCGGUUUUGGAAAAUUUGCAAGAACAACCAUUGAGAAAAACAAAUUGAUAGAACUUCAAGAAAAUUUGAUUCGUUCUCACUCAGCAGGUGUUGGUCCACCAUUGUCACCCGAGCGGACACGCAUGCUCUUGGCGUUACGAAUCAAUGUUUUGGCAAAGGGCUACAGCGGAAUAUCGAUGGAGACGCUUAAAAAAUACAUCGCAGCGUUUAAUGCCAACUGCCUGCCAUGGGUGCCCGAGAAGGGAACAGUUGGGGCUAGCGGCGAUUUGGCACCACUGUCGCAUCUUGCGCUAGGCAUGAUGGGAGAGGGCAAAAUGUGGAGUCCGAAAAGUGGAUGGGCGGAUGCUAAAUAUGUUUUGGAAUCCAAUAAAUUGACACCAAUUAAGCUUGGACCGAAGGAAGGAAUAGCUCUGAUUAAUGGAACGCAGCUUAUCACGGCACUGGGCGUGGAAGCGCUGGAGCGGGCGGAAGCGAUCGCACGACAGGCGGAUAUAGUGGCGGCCUUCACUCUGGACGUGCUGAAGGGAACAACUAGAGCCUUUGAUAGCUGUAUACACGAUGUUCGGCCACACAAGGGACAGAAGAUGGUGGCCAGACGCCUCCGUUCCUUGCUCCACUCAGACACGCAUCGGUCUGAAAUUGCAGAAAGUCAUCGGUUCUGUGAUCGCGUUCAGGAUGCCUACACACUGAGAUGUUGUCCACAAGUUCAUGGGAUAGUGAAUGACACUGUAGCUUUCGUUAGGACCAUUCUCUCUGUUGAAGUCAACAGUGCCACAGACAAUCCUAUGGUAUUUGCGGACACGGGAGAAAUUAUAUCUGGUGGAAAUUUCCAUGGAGAAUACCCAGCAAAGGUUUUAGAUUAUUUGGCGAUUGGGGUGCAUGAACUCGCGAACAUGAGUGAGAGAAGAAUAGAGAGACUUGUUAAUCCUGCGUACAGUGAGCUUGACGCCUUCCUGACUCCGGACGGGGGACUAAAUUCUGGAUUUAUGAUAGCUCACUGCACAGCAGCAUCUCUAGUAUCUGAAAAUAAAGUUCUGUGUCAUCCUGCCUCCAUUGAUUCUUUGACUACGAGCGCGGGAACCGAAGACCACGUGUCCAUGGGGGGAUUUGCCGCCAGAAAAUGUCUGCGUGUGGUCGAACACGUGGAGCAAGUGAUUGCUAUUGAGCUUCUCGCCGCUUGCCAAGCAAUAGAGUUUUUGAGACCAUUAAAAACAACCCCUCCCCUUGAAGAGGUCUAUAAGCUCGUCAGGCAGUUAGCUGGUCCCUGGAAAAAAGACAGAUACAUGGCACCUGAUAUAGAUGCGGUCACAAAACUUCUUCAAGAGGAAAAGGUUUGGCGAAAAGUAAAACCAUUUAUGGAUAAUUACCAUGCGCAGCAGGAUGUCGAAACUCGAGUGUUCUCCCCUACAUCAAGUUUUUCCGCUGAAGCGCCUCCACAUGCCACUAAGAGACGGAAAACAAGCAGCAUGUCUAGACCGAGAUAAUUCGGAAUCAGUGAUUGAUUUAAAAAUAAACCUUUCCGAGAGUGUUCUAAUUCUUACAAUUAUGUCAGAAAAAAUUAUUGAGAGCAUGAUUAAAUAUAUUUGUGCAUUUAUGAAGGUAGAUACAUGUAGUAUAGCUUAAAAAGUGGUAAAGGGGUUCCAUGACUGCAUGUGUUUUUAUUAUAUUAGUUCGGCUUUUGUGGGCGUAUCUACUUUUUUUUAUCAUAUCCUGAUUCUUAUAUCAUGCUUGUAUUACAUGUACUAUUAUGCAUUUACUUAUAUUUAAAUCUGUUGAUCUGACACGUUCCAUUGUUACGAUUAGCGCAUUAUUUUUUUUAUUUUUACCAAGAAGAAUUUAUUUCGAUUUAUAUAUUUAAAAAAACCAUAACUUAUAUACUAGACGUAUUCUAUCACGCCAUCUCCCAGGUAUUUUAUAUAUGAAAUUGUUAUUCUGUGCGUUUAUAUUUUUACAUAUAGCUUAUAAUCAUAUAUUUUAUUGUAAUGUUUUGUUUGUUUUUAAUGGCAGGGCUAUUUUAUCCAUUUUUAAAAUACUUUGGGGAAAAUUGAAUUCAACCAGUCAAAUCUCGAAAUGUUUUAUAAUACUAUAUAUAGUAUAUGACUGCCGUCAUGAGAAAAGGGCCCUUAAGGUCAAAAUUUCACAAACUCACUUUUUUGUUAAUUCUGAUUAGUCAACUCUUUCCGAAUACAAAUAUACAAAGAUAUCCAAGAUCU